AUGGCUACCAACAGCAGUAACGACAUUACCUAUAGUGAAACGAGCAACGUGGACGCGAUACCUGUUCCUGCCUGUCAUUGCAUUCCCUGGCUAGUUGUAUUCGGCAUUCUAAGUCUGGCGAUAGUCAGCCUUAAUCUCAUCACCAUUAUUAUUUUUGUGAAGCUGCCCCGGCUACAGCGCCGAAGCAUAUACUUCAUCAUCCAUCUUGCAACAGUCGAUCUCUUGGUCGGAGUGGUUGUAGGGCCUCUGCUCAUUCUCAAUAAUGGAAAUGGGUUCUGUCAUCUAUGGGAGUUAAGGUCUAACCCCAAUUGGUUACUUAAAUUAAGAAUAAUUGCAAGCCAUGCAUUUUAUCAAGUCUCUCUCCUUAACCUCGCUGUAAUUGCAUUAGAACGACUACAUGCAGCAGCUCGUCCUUUGAAACAUCGUUUUAUCAAGAAACGGGUUUAUGGAGUGAUUAUCGCUCUCACUUGGUUGCUGCCUUUAGCCGUGAACGUGUUAGAAAUAGAAUUAGUCACCUUUUCUGACAACCGCGUCCCUCCAUUUUUGAUUCGCUGUUUAUACUCUUCAAUCCUUCUCUCUCUUAUGUGCGUAUGUUAUAUUUCAAUUUAUAUCAAAGUUCGUUGUAGUCGUCAUCCUCAACACCAUGGCGCAGUCGGCCGGAGGGAGAGAAAAUUGACGAGUACAUUAUUUCUCGUCACCCUCGGAUCAUUGUUAACUUACUUACCAAAGGUGGUCUUCUGGGGUGUGUUUAAUUUUCCGGAGCUAUCUAAUAGUCUUCCCAAACAGAUAACUUUUAACAUCUAUAUGGCAGUACUGACAAUUGUGACAUUCAACUCGCUAAUAAAUCCUAUAAUUUACGCCAUACGGAUGCCAGAAUUUAGAGCAGCUAUAAAUCAAAUGAUAUUUCGUAAGUCUACAAACCGCUUAAGCCCAGUCGAUUUUCCCCUUUGA